CUGUGUCUCUCUCUGUCUCUCCCCACCCCUCUCCCUGACUCUCUUUCUGUCUUUCUCUCCAUCUCUCUCUCUUUCUGACUCUCUCUAUCUCUCUGUCUGAGCGGGGAGUGUCUGGCGGGGCAGUGCUGGCUGGGGCAGUGUCUAGGGAGCUCCCUGGCACGGUCGCGGCUCUUCAGCCGCUUCCAGUUGGCCCUGGUCCCGGCCCAUCCGCUUCUCAUUACCGCGGCGGGAUAAAGCGGUGCGGCGCCGGCCCGGGACCCAGUGCGAGAUGGAGUUGAGAGCGGCCCUGACCCUGCUCACCGUCCUGUGUCUGCUGCGGGACAGCCGGCAGCAGCGGGACAGCCGGCAGCAGCCAGACAGGACCAAACCCAGGAAGAACCUGUCCUCAAAGAAAGCGGUGGUGACUGAGAGUAUGAUUGAAGAUAUUAAAAAGCAGAUUGACCACAUCAUGGAGGAGGUGAACUUACUGAAGGAGAACCAGGCACUGCAUACAGUGUGCCUCCGGGGAAUGAAAGUGGACAGGAAGUGCUACCUGCCGAUGAAUGGGAAAAAGACCUUUCACAAGGCGUCUGACGACUGCAUCCUGCAUGGCGGGACCCUGGGCUGGGCUAAGAAUGAGGAGGAGAAUCAGGCUCUGUACCAGUACGCCAGGCAGAAGGUUGGAGAGAACCACAACAUCUGGAUUGGAGUGACAGACAUCACAGCGGAGGGAACCUGGGUGGACAUGACUGGCACACUGGUCAACUACACCAACUGGGAGACUGUGACCUCCCAGCAGCCUGACGGUGGCACCAAGGAGAAUUGUGCGGCACUCUCAGGUCUGGCCAAUGGAAAGUGGCUCGACAAGCCCUGUCGCUCUCAAAAUAGUUACUUCUGUCAGUUCAAUAUUCCUUAAGUCUUCCCGGCUGGUCCAGCUUUCUGCCAGAGCUCAGCCUGACUUUCUCUGCCGCUGACACUGUGCUGAUUCUUCACAGAAGGUCUCUUGUGAUGAGUGCACAUAAAGAGGAUUUCAUUGACCAUUGAAUGUAAACCCCCCUCCUUCAUCCUGUCUCCCCCUGUGUGCUUGGUUACCUUGCUCAUCUCUCUGGGUGUUGAUGCAGUGGGUACCUUGGCCCUGGUGCUAGUACAAUGCCGUACACCAGCGGACAGCCAGGGUGGGGGCAGGAAGCACUUCCCUUCCCCUUUCCCCAGGGUAGAGAGCACCUGUAGUAUGACAGGGAUCAGGACCCGAGCAGAGUGAGGGUGGGAGCUGGAGCCACCACUCUGCCCUGUGUGGUUUGGUGCUACAUCCCAGAGCCCUACACUCCCACCCUCACCGCCCCCCCUGACCCCCACUGCUCCCUUUCCCUCUGUGUGAAGUUUACAUUGUCUCAGCUGUGCAGGAUUUUAGAGGCUGCUUAGCUUCCAGGCCUUGACAGUUUCUUGCUGUGUUCAGUUACAGACUCAUUGUGCAACAUGCUCUCGUGUUUCUGAUACUCAUCAGAAAUAAAACUGAUUCA